AUGACUUCUACUGUGAUUCUGGGAUCCCCCUCCGCCGAGGUAAAAGCUUCGUACUGGUUCCCAGAUGGAGAGACCCAGGACCCCAUAACCUCGGCCGAAACCAUUCCCUCAGCUCUCUUCACUCACCUUUUCUGCGCCUUCGCCGAUCUCGACGCUAACUCCCACAAAGUUUUUGUCUCCCAAGCGCACGAAUUCAUAUUUUCCACCUUCACGGAAACCGUCAAGAUUCGAAACCCUCAGGUGAAGACCCUCUUGUCCAUCGGCGGAAAAAAUGCAAACAAUUCUGCGUUUGCGUCCAUGGCAAGUAACCACCAGUCUCGGAAAACGUUCAUUGAUUCUUGGAUUUUUAUCGCUAGAUCCAACGGAUUCCAUGGUCUCGAUUUAGCCUGGGAGUACCCGUACAGUGAUCAUGAGAUGACCGACUUUGGGAAUCUAGUUGGAGAAUUGCGAGCAGCGGUUGAGGCCGAGAGCAGACGCAGCAGCAAACCGACUUUGCUGUUGACCGCUGCGGUUUACUACUCCUCGGUUUACAAGACGUUUACCUACCCGGUUCAAGUGAUGAGAGAAAGCUUGGAUUGGGUUAAUAUUAUAGCCUAUGAUUUUUACGGACCGGUGUCGUCCUCCAAAUUUACCGUUCCAACCGCCGGUCUGCACGUUUCUUCUAACAACGAAGGUCCAAGCGGCGACUCUGGUUUGAAACAGUGGAUUAAGGACGGACUUCCCGAGAAGAAAGCAGUCUUGGGAUUCUCCUACGUUGGCUGGGCCUGGACUCUCCAAAACGAUAAAGAUACCGGUUAUAAUGCGGCCGCUGCCGGCGUAGCCAAAUCUGAGGAUGACGUAUCUGAGGACGGUUCUAUAAACUAUGCUCAGAUAAACAAGUUCAUAAGGGAUGAGGAAGCAGCAAAGGUUUAUGACCCCAAGGUUGUCGGACAUUAUUGUUUCGCCAAGAAGAUUUGGAUUGGGUACGAAGAUACUCAGAGCGUCGAGGCCAAAGUGUGA